AUGUGUAUCAUAUACAUCUUCUUCUAUCGAGCGUGCAAAGCGCAAGGUCUAGAUCGUAGUACGCUUCCUUAUACUGGAUGGCUUCAGCCCUACUGCGCCUAUAUUGCAGCUACCUGGUUGUUCGUUGUUACUUAUAUUUACGGGUACACCAGCUAUAUGCCGUGGUCACAGUCCAGUUUCUUCCCGAACUACACAAUGCAACUCUUCAUACCACCGUUGUACAUUAUGUGGAAGCUGGUGAGGAAAACAAAGGUGGUGAAACCACAUGAAGCAGACCUUGUUUGGAAGAGACCGGGCAUUGAUGCAUAUGAGGAGACCUUCAUUGACCCUCCCACAGGAUUCUGGAAGGAGAUGGGCCAACUUAUUGGUAUCGGACGGCGUAAAGGUGGUGGUGAUCAGCGACGUAAGAGCAGUGCUGUCGCUUGA